AUGAAGCACAUCGGCAAAACCGGCCGGGACAACCUGGGCGCCGCCAUCUCGAUGCUGGCGCUGGCGGUGGUCUCGGUCGCUCUCCGGUUGGUGGUAAGAAUCAUGACUCGACAAUGGUCUCCCUUAUCCGACGGCCUGCUUCUGUUAUCGCUGGCAUGCAUGUCGGUGUUUGCGGCUCUGUUAAUCCAGUAUAUUGUCGCGGGACCCGGCCCAGGCACCUUCGACCUGAACGAGUUCGCCGCCGAUGCAGACAUUGGGGGUAUGGUAUGGGCUAAGUCAUUUCUGAAGACACUCUAUGUCGCCGACCUUUUCUUCAUGGCGACCAUCAGCUUUGUCAAAUUGUCGGUACUAGCCUUCCUGCACGGUCUCUUCAAGAUUUCCAAGAUAUACCGCAUCUUGAACUAUGUGACAGCCGGGCUCUGCGUUGCUUGGUUCCUCAUUGUUCUGUUCGUCAACAUAUUCCAGUGUCAUCCCAUUCACAUGUUGUGGGAUGCGAUGGGCGCUGCGGAAUACUGCAUUGCCAGUGGUCGGCUCUGGUUAGGGAUGGAGCUCACGAACCUGUUCCUCGACGUUAUGAUCUUGUUUCUGCCUGUGUAUGUGGUGACGAGGCUGCAGCUCAGUCGCACGCGCAAGAUUCAGGUCACCGGUAUAUUCCUGUUGGGUGGACUAGUCUGCAUUGCCAGUAUCUGCAAGCUCUCCUAUCUGUGGAUUCCAGCCACGCCGCAGGUGGUCCGGGCCCCCGAGACAAUGGUCUGGUCAUCAGUCCAGCUGGGUGUGGCCACGCUCUGCGCAUGUCUACCAACCUACGCCCCAUUAUUCCGAGUGGCACGGGGAAAGAUGUCUACGGGGAAGUCGCCCUCGCCACCGUAUCCCUACGGAAGCGACAACACGCCGCGCAAUGCUCCGGCAGGUAAGAGCGCACCCUAUCGACGGGUGGAAGAUCCGCUGCUGAGUACCCAGCAGACGGAAAUCACGCGCGGGGAUGGCGAGUCGUACAAGAUGGACCAGCUCGGCCCCUGCCACAUCUACGUGAAGCAGAGUGUAGACGUUGAUGUGGUCUAG